UUCUUUAAAACGGUUUGAACUACAGAUCUAACAUGUGCAUUACUUUUGCGUUACGUAUUUGGGUGGCUUUUUUGUGCCUUAAAGUCGCGUGUUCGCGUAUUUCUCAUAAGUUGAGCAUGCGCAGUCCAGCAUUAGUCAAGUUCUCCAAAGAACUGGACCUUGACGAUGUCGAGUAUGAAGCAUCGUUUAGGAAGGAAACGUUAUGCUCACAAAAAGAAAUGGGAGAGACUGUAUACAAGCCUGUUCCCAUAGCCCUUCCUUGGAGAUUGUCCUAUCAUUUUUGCACCAAAAGGAACCUGACCCUGGUGGCAAUUAGGACGGCGGAUGAACAGAAAUACUUGAAAAAUGAACUGUUGAAUUAUCAAAGACAUGUUCCAACUAAUUCCCUUGAAGCUAAGCAUUAUAAGGAGACAUUAGUCGAAGGACCAAAAGUUUUUUGGACAUCGGGCACGAGUAUUGGCAAGAAACGAAAGGGCAAUUUCUUCUGGUUUCCGCAAAUGCCGAUGCAUUAUACCAAUUGGGGUCCGGAGUUAGGCAGCAUUUUGAAAAUUCCACCUGGCACUGACAUCUAUGGACCGAUUUCGGGCGAGAAGUGCAUCUAUGUAAAUGCGAGGGAAGCUUAUAGAAGCCCCUUUGGAUCUUGGUACAGUACGUUUUGCGGCAUGAAACUUCCAUUUGUUUGCCAACAUAAAUGUUAAGAAAAAUUUACUUUGAGUAAACGCAUUCAAAAAAUA